UUUCUGGUUCUCUUUUCUUCUUUUCCUUCUUCCAGAAAGUUAGAACCCUAGUUAUAGACCAGUUAAAAGUGGAAAACGACGACGUUUUAGGCCUGUUUCUGCAGCACUCGCCCAAUUCUUCACACAAUUUGCUCGCAUCUCUGAAAAUGCCGAUCAAAUGGGUUUUGCCCUGGCAGCCCAACGCAGGGACGACGGCGAGCAGCCAAAUCGUUAAUGAAGUGACGCAGUGCGUCGAGAGCAUGAAUGGCGUCAAAGAUGGCCGGUGGAAAGCCACUCUCACCUUUUACAAGCCUAUGCUACGAGAUCAGACUCUAGCUUCGGAAUUCCCCCGCGAUUUUCUGGGGAUGUCUCUGCCCGAGCAACCCAGCAAAUACUACUUCAUAAUCCGCGGGCAGCGCUUGGUUCUCGAGGCCGAUUCGUCAAUUCAGACCAUAAUGGAUAAAUUGCAGUCGUACAAAGCCAGAGUCUCGCUUAAUUUCGAGGGCUUUCAAUAUCAACUUGGGGAUUUCCAAUUGAGAGUGGGGAAAGUUUCUCCAACUCAUUCUGAAGCUUUGAGAGGAAUAGUUAUGGAGGUUGAGUACCUCCCUAUUUCAUCAAUGGAAAAAUCGAGGCAAAUGAUGGAAGAGUUCCUUGAUAUAUGGCAAGAUGCUCUGUCAAAAAGAUCAUUACCAGGUCACUUCGUGCAUCUAGAACCAAAUUUUGCUGAUUUUGGUCUCGGAGACCUCUAUACCUCACAACAUACUGCGGUCCAAUAUGCUACUGUUGUUGCUCAAGUCAUAUCAACAGUACAAGCUGGGCAAGCAGUUAGAAAUUAGGAAUUGAAUGAAAUAUAUAUAUAUAUAACUUGGGGGUGGGGCAAUUUAAAGUUACUGUUAAGCUAUGUCUGCAACCACGUAAAUGCAAAGGAUUUCUGUUGUAAUUUUCUUGUACGACAGCUUUCUUUUUGCUCUGGGUCAUUGUAUGCGUAGUUGCGCAACCAUAGUUUUGUAUUCCUUCUAGAACACAUACCCCUGCAUGUUCUCCCAAAGAACAAAGGCUUGGACCUUGAAUUGUUUUCCAUAUUGCUAGAAGAAUUUAUGCGAGAGGUAAUCAGUGUGUAACGAGUCGUCAAGUUACAAAGCUAAACUA